CACCAUGUCGAGCCAGUGGAUUAUUUUUUUUGUUCUUGUCUUAGUGACUCUACUCUCAAGCGAAGUGAAAAGUGACGAGCCCCGUGCCGAAAUCCUUUUAAAAGAAGGCAACGAACAGUUGAGUCUCAUUUUGGAGGCCAUCAAUGAGCUCGAACGAGAGCGGGUACAGGAAAAUGUUAAAGCCUCGAACUCGGAUACCAUUAAACAGCGGCCGAACAGCAAGAGAUUGAGGUGGAAUCGGAGGAGGAUUCUGCCAGAUCCCGGAGAGCCUGGCAGGAGCGAGGGUCGAGCUUGGGCUGUGCCCACCUCGAUAACCGUGGUCCAAAGCAACCCCGAUUACCUGAACGUGGCCAACUAUGCGCCCACUCCUGCUCCUUGGUGGUUCAACUGAACUGUGGACAGCAAUUAGCAUAAAUUAGGUUGUAUAGCUAACUUUUUUUUCCUUUUUAAGCACUCAGAUGUAGGAUAAAUAUAUACGUUUUAAAGUAUUUUUUUGUAAGCUCUCUUUGAAUAUAAUUCGUACUGAGUACUUCUUAAAGAACUUUCCUA